CUUCUCAUUCAUGUCGAAAGUAAAGAUGCUUUGGUUAUAAGUACUGUGUCUUUCUUCUCAUUCUGUGCUACUCUUCGGUCAUAUCUGGAUUCCAUGGCAAUAAUCACAUUUCUGGCAGUAGUGGUACUUGUUGCCAUACUAAUCAAAUUAACACUUGAACGGCGAGAAGAUUACCAAGCAGAUGAGAAAACAGAGAUGCAGGACAAGGACAGGGGAAAAGAAAUUAAAGUACCUAGUUCUGACCUAGGUCAGCCUUCAUGUCAAACUGAAAUAUCAGAGAUCCACAAUCCACCAAAUUUGCCAGCAGAGUGCCUACAAAAUAACCUUCAAGAGCAACUUACAGAAGAGAAAGAAAGGGCUGAUCAAAUCUCAAUAGAACAGGGCAUCGGAAUGGUGCAGAGAUUGGCUCUGCAAACUGCGGCUGCUGAAGGUCAGGCAGAGAAUAUGAAAAAUGGGGUGAAAGUUGCAUGCCUUGUUAUCUCAGUAUCCUCAACUGGGAUUAUCAGCUUCCUUGCCGGAGUUCCAGGGAGACAUUCUUCCAUGACAAGAAUGCUCAUCUCCAAAUCAGGAAUUCUCUUAAUGUUUGCCUCUUUCUUCUCGGCUUUGGUCCUGUUGAUGCUUUCCACAAACAACGCUAAAUUUUCCUGCUCAAAUCAAACUCUCAGAAUAAUGAUAUGGAUGUCCACAGGACUCAUGACAUUGGCAGUUGUUUUACUCCUCACUGUUUGCUUGGGAAUUACAUGAUGAGCUAUUUUUCUACACCCAAAGAUCAAUCCAUUGUACAUGCCAGCUAAGAUUAUGUAAUAUUUAUCUAUCAACCGCGAAAUGUACUUCUGAAAUUACUUUUACAGAACUUUUUCCACAUAUGUUCUAUUAAAAAUGUUAAUUUAUU